CCCUGGGGGGCCUCACGGCGGCCGACUGCCCCCCCCGGCCGGCCAGCGCCCGGGCUUUUUCUGCUGCCUCCCUCGGACCACUUAGUCUCAACCUCCGUGUUGUUUCCAGUACUAGAGGCUCACUUUAUCGCUUCUUGCUGUCUUUUCUUCAAGAAUGCAACAUGACUGAGGAUUCUCAGAGGAACUUUCGUUCAGUAUAUUAUGAGAAAGUGGGGUUUCGUGGAGUUGAAGAAAAGAAAUCAUUAGAAAUCCUCCUAAAAGAUGAUCGUCUGGAUAUUGAGAAACUCUGUACUUUUAGUCAGAGAUUCCCUCUCCCGUCCAUGUACCGUGCGUUGGUAUGGAAGGUGCUUCUAGGGAUCCUACCUCCACAUCAUGAGUCCCAUGCCCAGGUGAUGAUGUACCGUAAGGAGCAGUACUCUGAUGUCCUUCAUGCCCUGAAUAUCGUUCGCUUUGUCAGUGAUGCCACACCUCAGGUUGAAGUCUAUCUCCGCAUGUAUCAGCUGGAAUCUGGGAAGUUGCCUCGAAGUCCCUCCUUUCCACUGGAGACAGAAGAUGAAGUAUUUCUUGCCAUUGCUAAAGCCAUGGAAGAGAUGGUGGAAGAUAGUGUUGACUGUUACUGGAUCAUCCGAUGCUUUGUGAACCAAUUAAAUAACAAGUACCGGGAAGCUUUACCCCAACUGAUGAGGAAACUGAAGCACAGAACACCAAAGGUGUUUGAACAAUACUUGAAUUUGGAAGAUAGCAGAUUGCUGAGUCAUCUGAAGACGUGUUCUGCACUGUCCAAGCUUCCCUAUGAUCUCUGGUUUAAGAGGUGCUUUGCUGGAUGCUUGCCUGAAUCCAGUUUACAAAGAGUUUGGGAUAAAGUUGUAAGUGGAUCCUGUAAGAUUCUAGUUUUUGUAGCUGUGGAAAUUUUAUUAACCUUUAAGAUAAAAGUAAUGGCAUUGAACAGUGCAGAGAAGAUAACAAAGUUUCUGGAAAAUAUUCCUCAAGACAGCUCAGAUGCGAUUGUGAGCAAGGCUAUUGACUUAUGGCACAAACACUGUGGGACUCCAGUACAUUCAUCCUGAACAUACCUGAUGGUUGUGCCUUGGAGACUGGUGAGACAGGACCCUUAUGGACGACUGACUCAGCUAUGAGACCUGCAGGAGCCUGAGUGGCAAGUUGGAUUCUCUACCACACCCCCAAGAGAUGAAGGAGACAAUGAAAUUAUGGAAUUACAAUUCUGAGAAUUCAGUCCCUCCCUAAUGUGGAAAGAGUCUAUUGAGAAAAAGUGCAGAGCAAACUGAGUUGCUGAAACUAGCUGUUCUGAACAGUAACAUAUCCAAGAGUAUUUAAUUUUUUAAAAUGAAAUAUAGUCAGAAGAAAAUUUCUUAAAGCUGGUUACAGAUAAUACUUUAAAAAAAUGAUUUGUGGCUAGCCAUCCUUUGAGUAUCACUUCUGCCCCUGAGAAAUUUUAAGUCUGCUUGGGGGUAUAAGAAAAACCCACGAGAAGGAAUUUCUGCUCCAUUUGUCUGCUAUCUUGUGAUCUUAGGAGGUAUGUGAAAUUCGUGAGAAGUCUUGAAACAAAAAUAAUUUUAUUUCAAUUUAUGAGUCACAUAAAUUGAGUCUUUCCCAUAAAAUAGAGUGAUGUUAUUGAAUUCCAACUCCAGAAUAAGGAGAAAAAAGGAUUAGCAGUCUCUCAACAAGGGGUAGUUUCAUGGUACUUGCUCCUCUUUACUUACCUCUUAAAUGCUGGGAGGAGAUGUAGCUGAGAGCAUCCUCCCCAGCACCCCUGGGGAGGGGUGAGUGACAGGGGCCCUUGAACUCUUGGAAAGGAGGGAGACUUAGGGAAUCGAAGUUCCUUUUCACAGUUUUGAGGGGAACAAGAUGACCUUCGAGGGAGCACUAUUACUACUGUGCUGUGAAAAUGAAAAACACUUGUUUUGCGAGUGUGUUCUGUCAGACCCAGUUUGGUAGACCCUUUCUGGCUAUAGGCAGUGGGGCAAGGCUUUAUUUUUUAAGUGAGUCAAUCUGAUACCAUCAAGAGUUUUCCUUAUUAGAAAACUAAGGGAUCUAUUUAGCACACGGAUUUUUUAAGGUCCACUGUAAGGACAGUGGUGGUGUAGGUGAAGAUUCAAUUUCAUCUUAAUACUAGAAUUAUAUUUUGCUGUGGGCCAAGUAUUUUGAAAAUGUUUUUGCCCACUGCCUUUGGGAAAGGAAAGCACAACCCCUGAUGAAAAUAUCUGCAUGUUCUCUUUACUCAAACAGUUUUUUCAGGAUGCUGCAGAAUUUUUCCUUGAUGUUAAAGCCCUGCCGGGAUUCUGUUCUGUCCACAUGGUCAUAGCUAAUGUGUGGGGUUCUCCUUCUCCCUUGGAAAACUGGGACUUGACAUGACUAAACUUAGUUUCUAGUUCUUUUCUUCUACAGUGUCUUCAUAAGUCCUGGUGAGAAUGGUUCUAAAUAUGCUCUGUAGGAGCUGUUGGGGGCCAAGGUGGGUGGGAGUGGCUUUUACCCGAUGACAAAUCAGAAGCGCAAAUUGUAACACUGUACAUGCAGGUGUGUGGGUGUGUCUGAGGAUGCUUCAGAAAACAUAGGCAGAAUGAAGGAAGUAGGUUUUUUGGUUAAUGGAAAGUUUGCCUGGAAAUCGUGGGACCAUACUCAAAGCACAUGAUGUGAGAAAACUCUGAAGGCCAUUGUCCUCUGGUCCUCGGGUGUGAGAUUUGCUCACCUAUCUUGAAUUCUUAAGAAUCCUUCUUUGAAGAUGUGGUACAUAUACACAAUGGAAUAUUACUUGGCAAUCAAAAAAGGUAAACAUAUACAAUUUGCAGCAACAUGGAUGGAGCUGGAAGGGAUCAUGCUCAGCGAAAUAAGCCAGAAAGAAAAAGAAAAGUACCGGUUGGUCUCACUCAUAGCAGGAAUCUAGAAAACCUAAAUAAGGGACCAGGAAAAAGAAUAACUAUAAGAAAGAAAAAAUCAAAAUCAACAAACAACUAUGAACC